UUUACGUCGGCGUUGGAGCAUUAGAUUCCGGCCAUUCGUGACGCGAUGUUCGCCUACAAACUGUGCGUGGUGUUGGUGGCACUGCUUGGGGCCGAUGGUGAACACCAGCACGGCGGCAAAAUUUUGGGCAGGAUGGUCAGGCAGUACCUGCACGCGCAGCCGGACGACGUGAGGAUCGGGGACGGGGUGCAUCUGGUCAGCAGGGCCGGUGACGACGGCAGGAGCUUGAGUGACGAUGGUACGGUGCUGGGGGCGGUCGACAGCUACCUCAGGAGCCACGAGCUGAAGAUCAGGCUGCCGGAGCUGAUGCCCGGCGACGAUUUGGGGAGGUCGUUCAAGAUGGCCCUGGACAAGGUGGAAGGGACCGGAGUCGAGAACGGCACCGGCCGCGGCAAGGGCGGCGGAGGCGGCGGCGCCGGCAUCGGCCUGAUGGGCCUGAUGAUGGGCAAAAUGUUGGCGGCCCUCGGCAUCGGCGGCGUCGGUCUGCUGGCCAUGAAGGCGCUGAUGGUGUCCGCCCUGGCGCUGAUGCUGUCCGUCGUCAUCGGGCUGAAGAAGCUGGUGCAUUCGGGCGGCGACGAAGGCGGCCACCACGUCAUCCACGCCUCGGCCCACGGUCACCACGACUACAGGAGGAAGCGGGAGGCGGACGGGUUGGCUUACCGUGGGUGGCAGGGAUACAAGAUCAGAUAGGUAAGGGGAUGAUUGAUGAGGGGGAUGAUGAAGGAGAUCUCUGUUACUUAUCACUUAUUAUGCAUUAUUUAUUCUUGUGUAUUGUUGUGCCUAUUUCAACUUGUCUUUGUGACUAGUUGGAACAUGCUACUUGUUGAUGUUGAUUACCUAUUUAAUACA